CGGAGGCGGGCCUCCCGGCGUCGCAGCUCCAAGGGACCGGGGCCCGGAGGACCGGGGAUGUGUCUCUUACUGGGGGCUGCGGGGGUCGGGAAGACCCUGCUGGUGAAACGCCUGCAGAAGCUGAGCUCGGGAGAUGGCAAGGGCGACCUGGGGGACCCUCCGCCGACGCGGCCCACGGUUGGCACCAACCUCACUGACAUCGUGGCCCACAGGAAAAUCACCAUCCGAGAGCUCGGGGGUUGCAUGAGCCCCAUCUGGUCCAGUUACUAUGGAAACUGUCAUUCGCUCCUGUUCGUGAUGGACGCCUCCAACCCCACCCAACUCUCUGCAUCCUGUGUGCAGCUCUUGGGUCUCCUUUCUGCAGAAGAACUUGCAAAAGCCUCGGUCCUGAUACUCUUCAAUAAAAUCGACCUUCCCUGUUACAUGACCGUGGAGGAAAUGAAGUCAAUAAUCAGGCUUCCAGACAUCAUUGCUUGUGCCAAGCAGAACAUCGCCGCUGCAGAAAUAAGUGCCAGGGACGGCACUGGCUUGGCAGCAGUACUGCUCUGGCUCCAGGAGCAGCACAGAUGAGCAGCUGACGGCUGGACGGAGCAUUCUGGCUGACCCGGUGCCUGGGGACAAAGACUGGCGUGAUUGCCUCUGAAGAUGCGUUCUCUGAAGCAGACCCGCCCAGUGUGUGUCUGACUGACAAGCCUGUGUACAGACACUACUGUCAUCCGGAGUAUGUCAUCUCUGGAGAAUGUCCCCAAGACUGGGAGAGGACAGAACUACAGGUGGCUGGAUGUCUUCCUGCUAUCCAGAUGAAAGUGCUGCUGGGACUGCACCAGGAAACUCUGGACCUGUGCCUGAGGGCUGUGGACUCUAUUGCCCCACUGAGCCCAGAUAGUUUUUGCUAGUACAAGCUCGGCCCUUCUGAGUUUCUGAUAUCCUAACCAUGUUCCCCAGAAAAAAAUAUAUAAAGUUAGUGAGUAUAAGAACUGUCUGAAGAGGGCUGGAGAGGUAGCUCAGCAGUUUAGAACACUGGCUGCUCUUCCAGAGGACCUGAGUUCAAUUCCCAGCACCCAUAUGACAGCUCACACUGUCCGUACCUCCUGUCGAGGAAUCUGACGCUCUCACACAGACAUACAUGCAGGCAAAACACCAUGAAAAAAAAGUCUCAAUGAGAAACAAAAACCAGGCAGGAUGUGGUGGUACAGGGCCAUGGCUUGAGCUACUCAAGAGACCAGAGUGGAAGGAUCAUUUUGAGCUCAGGGAUUGAAGAACCCAGGCAACACUGGGGUCAGAAGAGCCUCUCAAAAAGAUAGGGGUGAGGGACCAGGUGUGGUAGAGCAUUUCUUGGGAGACAGAGGCAGGAGGACUUCUGAGUUCUGGGCUAGUCUGGUCUACACAAACACUGUCUAAAAAACAAAAAGAUGAAGCCAGCAGUGGUGGCAUAUGUCCUAAAUCCCAGCACUCAGGAGGCAGAGGCACUCUUGAGUUCAAGGCCAGCCUGGUCUACAGAGCAAGUUCCAGGACAGACAGGGCCACACAGAGAAACUGUCUAAGGAAAACAACAGCAGCAACAACAAAAAGAUGAGGAGGUUUGACAUCACCAGAGAUAAGAGUGUUUCCAUUGCUUCAUUUGUUCUUUUAAAUAUAUAGUUUGUUGGGGGCUAGAGAGAUGGCUCAGAGGUUAAGAGCACUAGCUAUUCUUCCAGAGGUCUUGAGUUCAAUUCCCAGCAACCACAUGGUGGCUCACAGCCGUAUGGAAUGCUGAAUGUGAUAAAUCUCUUUUAAAAAAUUAAUAAUACCUAAAAGCAUGGAUGAGGGCAUCUUUAACAAAAGUUGAAAGUAAGACAUACCCAAAGCAAUAUGGGUAUGGGCUCUUUCUCAAGACAAGGUUUUGAGAAAUCUUGUGUAAAAGUCCAAACUGUCAUGGAACUCACUAUGUAGACCAGGCUGGCCUCAAAAAUCACAGAAAUCUGCCUGCCUCUGCCUCCUAGUGCUGGGAUUGAAGGCGCAUGGUAUCACCACCCAACUGGGUAUGGGCUCUUUAAAUGAGAGUUAUCCAGAGUUCUUCGAUACACUUCAGUUGGCUACAGAACUAGCCAGUUGUGCUUUAACUGGAUGGUUACAU